AUGGAUUCGUUGUUCUCACAUGAAUUUUCACCAGCACCAUUGUCAUUAUGUGAUAGUCAAAACUGCAACUUAUUAAACCAACAACGGAAAUCAGAAGCAUUAACCUUAUUUGAAGAAAAUUUUUCACAAUGUUUUUCCACAAAUGAUCCAACCACAUUAGGCGGUAAAUGGGCAUUGAUUAUUGAUGGUGGUCCUAUGUUAGAAACUAAACCAUUAAAAUUAAAUGGUACUGUUAUGGAUUAUGCCAGGCAACUGUUGACGAAUAAUGUUAUUCCAGAAUUUAACAAGUAUGAUCGAAUCGAUAUUGUAUUUGAUUCUGAUCGAAGUAAAAACAUAAAAUCUUUUACCAAACGUCAUGGAUAUGAUAGCAAGAUAUCUCAAGAAUAUGAUCUAAAAGAGAAUGAUAUAUUGGAUUCUUCAAAAUUUCAUGAAUUUGUUCAUAGUAAUCGAGCAAAAUUAGCAAGUGCUGUUCGUUCUUGUUGGUCACAAAAUGUGCUUACUGAUUUACUGCCUCUUAAUAAACAUUUGAUUAUAGCCGGUCCACAACAAACUACCAUCAGGCUAAUUAAUAAUAAAUUUUCACAAUCAAUGCAAUCAGUUGAAACAUUAGUUAUUUUGGAAUCUGACCACGUUGAAGCUGAUACUCGUAUAUUUUUACAUGUUUAUGAUGUUGAGCUUGAUAAUGACAAAGGGAAAUUCAAUGGUAUUGUUAUACAAUCAAUUGAUACCGAUGUUUUCAUUCUAGCAUUAGCACAUGUGAAGUUAAUGAUGUUACCUAACUGUUAUGUUAGGAAGUUUAACUCAUCUACAAAACUGACAUCAUUUAUCAAUAUAAAAGCAAUCGGUUGUUUAUUACGAAUUAAAUGGAACAUUACCGAACCAACUGUACUUUUAGUAUUGCAUGCGCUAUCAGGGUGUGAUUCGACAUCAUUUACACGAAAUAUUACAAAAAAGACUUAUUUCAAUACCUACUUAUCGAAUCCAGAUCAAUUUCAGCAUUUACUCGAAUUUGGCGAAGAAGGCGAAAUUACAAGAUUGCCGAUGAAAGCAGCAGAGGACUUACUGAUUUCGUGUUAUACUAAAUCGAGAGGUUACAAAUCAUUAUUGGCAAAAACAGCUCCAUCAUCAUCGACACAUACUGUAUCAUUGAACUCUUUACGGCAAAAUUUGGCGAUUAAAUAUUGCAAGAAUCAGACGACGGAUAUAUGUAUAAAACUUCCACCAACAUCCGAAUCAUUUCAGCAACAUUGUAAACGUGUAUGGAAACAAGUGUUUAUUUGGAAAAAAACAUUUGAACCAUUCGACUUAAUUAGUUGUUAUCCGAUUGAAGAUUAUGGCUAUGAUCGAACAAACAAUAACGAAUUGAUCAUUCGAUGGUUCACAAACUCAGAAUUACCAAAUCAUUUGUCUCUCAGUCGUUGUGUGAAAUGUACAUCUGGCUGUCAACGAUGCAAAUGUGCUGCAAAUAAUCUAUGUUGUACUCCUCUGUGUGGAUGUUCAUCUGGUGAAUGCACUAACCGUACGACUAUACAAGUUAUGAAAAAAUCAACAGAAGCAACAAAAGAAAACUCGAAACCUGUCAUUCGGAAAAUACUGACAUUUGAUGAUACUUUCGAUGACUACGACGAUGACAGUGAAACAGAUGUUUAUAUUCAAAACAAUAAUUGUAUUGACGCCGUAGAUGGCGAAUAUGACGAUGACGGAAUUGAUGAUACAAUGCAAUCUAUGUAUGAUAACUACAGCGAUGCCGGUUCUGAUAGAUCAUUCUAUGACAGUUAUUUGGAUAGUAAUGAGAGUGAAUCUGAUCUGCUCAAUUUAUCGAUUACUAGUGACCAUAGUUACUGUUAUCAAUCAACACCAUUUGCACCAAAAUGUUCUGCUAAUGCACAAAAUGCUGUCGCAUCAUCAACUGUACUACGACAAAAUGAUUUCAAUCCUUUUCAAAAUCAAAUUUCACCAAUUAGUUCACACACAAGCUCAAGAAAAUUAAGUACCACAACAACGAACUCUAACGGAGUAAAUACAGUAUUAAAACCGAUGAAACGAAAACCAAAUUUCAGCGCUAAUACAUCUGCACAAAGUACACCGAGUCAGAUUAUUUCACGCAAAAAGAAACUUUAA